AUGGGUCGUAGAAAGAUCGAGAUCAAAGCGAUCAAGGAUGAUCGCAACCGUUCAGUGACAUUCCUCAAGCGAAAGGGUGGUCUGUUCAAGAAGGCUCACGAGUUGGCCGUUCUUUGUUCCGUCGAUGUCGCCGUCAUCAUCUUUGGCCACAACAAGAAACUAUAUGAGUACUCCUCGUGUGACAUGCACGAGGCUCUCGGUCGCUAUCAAUAUUUCGGCCCACCCCAUGAGCAUAAAGGUCCCGAUGACUUCGCCGGCAAGCGCGAUGACGACGAGGACGAAGAUGAGAUGACCCCAGCCCCCGAAGAAAUCCAAGCCCAGCAGCCUCACCCCGUCGUUCCUCCUCAUCUCCAACAGCCUGGCUUCCAACACAUCAACCAUGCGCCGUCCGCCUCUCCCCCGAUUGUCCAUAAUGGUCUUCCAAUAACGCGCCAUGGCACGCCACAGUCACAAGUGUCUCGUCCAUCCUCUCGAAAUCAUGUUCGUCGCGUCAGCUCAAAUCUUGGACCGCACGGUCAUCCUACGCCGCCGCCGCCCCAAAAUGGAUACUACAUGGCCAAUCCCUCGAUGUACAACCCGAAUGUUCAGACUGCAAUGAAUCAGCCUCGCCCCGGUCAAUACACUCAAUACGGUCAUCCUCCUCACGGUCCACAAGGCUCACCGCCGCAAAUGCACCACCAACAUGCACAAGCACAGCAAGUCCCUCAUCCCCAAGCUCCGCAACAUUUCCAACAUGCACAAAUAGUUGCACAACAGCAAAUGGGGAUGCCGCCAGUCUCGCAUGGACCAGUUCAGCAGGCGCCGCAGCAACCUUAUAUCACGGAGCCGAGUAGAGGGUCUAUGCCUCCGGCCUUUGCACCCGAACCUCAAUCAGAACGAACGGUACCGAUACCCGAGACCUCGCAGAAUAACGCAGCGGGUGUGAUGAAGACAGAACAUAGCCAGUCGCCCCCUCAGCCCAAAGCAUUGUCCAAGUCUCAGUCCCGUAGUAUCUUCACUCCCAUUGAUGAUCGUGGGUCCGUGCUUGCACGCCAAUUUGGAUUUUAUGAUUCUCCACCGGGGCAAGGGAACCAGCUGUUGAAACCAGAGCCUCCGCAGGAACACUCACGCAAUUCUAAGCCCGCUAUCAGCACUGCCUCGGAACCCCCGCGCCCACAAUCCAUACCAUCUGCGGCAGAGAUUAAGCCACCUUCACGCACGAACAGCGGGGCGCUUACAUCCAAGCGACCACAGUUAAAAGUCCAGAUUCCCAGCGAGAGCUCUGAUCGAGGCAGUGCAACGGGUGAAUCAUCCUCUCGCGACUCUGCUGGCAACAAAACAGUGACUUCUGCCAAGGAUAACCCUCCUACAGGAGUUGUGCUACCGCCGCCAUCACCGUCAACAGGGGCGAUUCUCAGUGCUGGCGCGCAAGGGCCACCGAAUCCGUUUGCUCGGCCACCUCCACCAGGGGCCACGGGGCAAACGAACUAUAGCAACAACGGUAACAAUGCCGGGAAUAGCGGCUGCAGUAGCUCGAACAACAUUGAAACUCCAAUCUCCGCCCUUCCCAGUCGGUUCGUCUCCGAUAACCUCCUCCCAUCGCCAUCCAGUUUCUUCCCUGAGUGGGGCUUCGGCCGCUCAGGACCAGACUCGAACCUCUUACCGAGUCCUCUAACGUUCCCGACGCCGGCGGUCCCAAGCGGGCCGAGCUUCUCGCGGGAAGAUGAGCAGGAUAAGAAACGGAAGACUCCGGAGGGUGGGCUCCCUGCCGACGGGGCAAACAAGAAACCAAAGGCCUAG